AAGGUCAAAGGGCGAGCCACGUGCCCGAGACAGUUGAGGCGCAUGCGCAGAGCCCACGCGUUGAAGCUGAAGCGACUGUCGUGCACCGCGCCUCAUCUUGUCGUCGUUGCCCGGUCUCUCAGGCUUUGCAAAACAUUUUCUUGGAAGAUGGCCACUAUGCAGUUGCGGAGGACAACUUCCAUGAGUGCAUUGGUAUUUCCCAGUAAGAUAGCAACUGAGCAUCAGUCUUUGAUGUUUGUGAAGAGGCUCCUAGCCGUUUCCGUAUCCUGCAUCACCUAUUUGAGAGGGAUAUUUCCAGAACGUGCUUAUGGGACAAGAUACCUGGAUGAUCUUUGUGUCAGAAUUCUAAAAGAAGAUAAAAAUUGUCCAGGUUCUUCACAGUUAGUGAAGUGGAUGCUAGGAUCCUAUGAUGCUUUACAGAAGAAAUACCUACGGAUGAUCAUUCUAGCUGUAUACACCAAUCCAGAAAAUCCUCAGACAAUUUCAGAAUGUUACCAGUUUAAGUUCAAAUACACCAAAAAUGGACCAAUCAUGGACUUUAUAAGCAAAAAUCAAAACAAUAAAUCUAGUACAACAUCUGCUGAAACCAAGAAAGCAAGUAUUCUCCUAAUUCGGAAGAUUUAUGUCCUAAUGCAAAAUCUAGAACCUUUACCUAAUGAUGUUUGUUUGACCAUGAAACUUUUUUACUAUGAUGAAGUUACUCCCCCAGAUUACCAACCUCCAGGUUUUAAGGAUGGUGAUAGUGAAGGAAUAAUAUUUGGUGGGAACCCUACAUACUUAAAUGUGGGAGAAGUCCCAACACCUUUUCACACCUUCAGAUUAAAAGUGACCACUGAGAAAGAACGAAUGGAAAAUAUUGAUUCAACCAUAUUAACACCAAAACAAUCAAAAAUACCAUUUCGAAAAAUUCUAAUGGACAAAGAUGAUGUAGAAGAUGACAAUCAUAAUAAUUUUGACAUUAAAAAUAAAAUGGAUGAACAGAAAGAAAACUUGGGAGCUUCUGAAGAGGUAAAUGGAAAUCAGCAAGUACAAACUUCUAAAGAAAAUCGAAAGAGAAGUCUUCGUCAACCUGGGAAAACAGUCCUUCAUCUCUUGGAAUCUUCUAGUCAAGAGUCAGUGACAAAAAGAAAGAGAGUUAGUGAACCAAAGGAACACACCUAAAACUUAUUUUUCUUAUGCAGACUUGCAGGCUCAACAUUUAAACAAAACAUGCUGUAUUAUCAUUUGAAGAUAUACUUUCUGUAUCUCUGAAAAUUAUUUUGUGGUUCACACAGUUAUUGCACUAAUUAAAGUUUUAACUAUUAUAUCGUGUUUACCUGAGCUAAAUCCAAGGGAACUUCUGACUAAACCUAAGUCCAAAUGUCACCACUGAUUCUGCUCAUUAUCCGCUGAAUACAUCCUGCCUUCCAUUUUUAAAGAAAGCUUUUUAAAACUAUGUAUCCUUUUAAGGCUCUCUAAAAACCAUUUCUGAAAUGUUUAUUCUGGCAUUAAAAUUUUGUAAGGAUUAACUUUUUACUUAUGUUGAAACUAUCAUUUAAUUGGUGUUAUUAAAAUAAUGUUUGGUAUUUU